UUGAAGUUUCCCCUCAAAAAAAUUCACUUCGAUCACCGUCUCACUCUUCAUCGUCUUCUUCGACGCCACUUACCUCUCCUUCCCGAAGAAGAAGAAGAAGAAGAAGAAGAGGAAUAUGGCGCCCAAACCCGACAAUGUCGAAGGAAUCGUUCUCAACUUCGUGAACGAGCAAAAUAGGCCUUUAAAUUCUCAAAAUGUCGCUGAUGCAUUGCAAAAGUACAAUCUUAAGAAAACUGGAGUCCAGAAAGCGCUGGAUGCAUUGUGUGAUAGCGGACAAAUUUCCUUCAAAGAGUAUGGUAAGCAGAGGAUCUAUCUUGCUCGGCAAGAUCAAUUCAAGAUACCCAAUGGGCAAGAGCUCGAUCAGAUGAAGAAGGAUAAUAGCAAGCUACAGGAAGAACUUGAAGCUCAAAAGAAAGCCCUAGCGGAGGUUGAGGCUGAAAUUCGAGCACUCCAAUCAAGCUUGACUUUGGGAGAAAUUCAUGCUAAAGAGGCAAAAUUACGAAGCGAGGUCCUGGAAAUGGAAGACAAGCUUGUGAAAUUGCGUAGUGGAGUUGUUUUGGUCAAACCAGAAGAGAAGAAGGUAGUAGAAGAAUCAUAUUCUGAGAAAAUUAAUCAGUGGAGAAAGCGAAAGAGGAUCUUCAAAGAACUAUGGGAUGCGAUAACAGAGAAUUCACCCAAGGAUGUAAAAGAAUUCAAGGAGGAACUUGGUCUCGAGUAUGAUGAAGAUGUUGGGGUCAGCUUACAAUCCUAUAGUGACCUGUUGAACCUCAGUAAAAAGAGAAAGACAUCACAGUAAUACAGCAUUUUAUUUGCAACUAAAUUUCAACUCAUAUAUGUUCCAAAGUUUUUAAAGGUAGGGUAAGUGUGUAUCUUUUAUGUAUGAUUUAUUCUUCUUUUUUCGUCCACUUCUGUUAGCAAUGAUCGCCGAAUCAUCUAUCAACACUUGAUUCCUUUUAAUUAGCCCCACUUUUCUCUGUACGGUUAGUUCCAUACUCUUAAGCAAUUGACAAGAUUCAGCA